GUUUCAUGCAGGUUGGUGCUGGCUGCAGACUCCUGCCUGCAGGAUUGGCCACUCCAAAUGUGCUGCCUGAUUUCAGCCACUUGCUGCCUUUGUGGCUGAUGGGGCUUCAUCUGAGAAAAAGCAAAAGAAUUGGGCAAAGAGGUGCCUGGCAGAGCUGAGGCUCUUCUGGGUUACACUGGGGUGCACAGGGAGCCCUCCUGGCUGGUGAGGCAAGGGUGAGACUUGCCUUAUCCCGUGGGGUUAGUGCUGCUGGUGUGGGGAAGCCAGGGCUGAUUUUCCUCAUGCCUUUCACUCAGGAGGAGGAGACAAAGCGGCUGCUGGAGCCGGCAGCCAGCCCGCCCAGCAAGGUGCUGAACGGAGCGGAGCAGAGCUACCACAACCUCCCGUCGGCACGCACCGAUGAGCAGGCCAUGCUGUCCUCCAUUCUCGCCAAAACAGCCAUCAACAUCAUUGACGUGUCGGCAGCGGAUUCCCAGGGCAUGGAGCAGCAUGAGUACAUGGACAGAGCCAGGCAGUACAG